GCUGUGUACAAACAUCUGACAGACGUCUGUAAGAUGUCAGUUUUACAUACAUUCUAAAUCAAAAACAUCUUGAAGACAUCUAAUAAACGUCUAUUUGCCAUCUGAUAGAUGUCAUAUUGCAGAUGAGCAAACACUCUAAAAUACGUCUUGCAGAUGUAAAUGCAGAUGUCAAAUAGAUGUCUCUGUGAUGUAGGCUACGUGUGCUGUGAUCCCUUGACUCUGUAAACAUCUUCGUAUUUAGCCAAUCAGGGACGCUCUCUGCCUGACUGAGUUGGCUGACAUGUUCAUCACAUAUUCAACUAACUGGCUAAUUCACCAAUUUCUUAUGAGGUUUUAGAAUGGUGGUUUAAGAUUUGUGAGUAGGUCUGUGGUUAAUAUUUUGUUGUACAAAUGUAUACCUUACACCUGAAAGCAUCUGUAACAAAUUGCUAUUUAGGGACAACAACAAUUUCGUCAAGCACAUACACGUCCUUGUGGUAGUUUUAGUCUUUAUUUAGCAGCUUGUUAGUGUGUAAUUUAUGCUGACAUUAAUAUUUCUUAAGGGAACGCUAAGUACAGACCGUAUUUUACUCAUAAAUCCAAAACCGCCAUUCUAAAAACCCAUAGGAAAUUCCAAAGAGAACACAUGGUUGAAAAAUGGCUAAUUAUCUGGCUGGUUUUAGGACCUCAAACUGCUGUAUUGGUUUAGCUGUUUUGGUUAAGCCUUUUGUACAUGCCAGUACUUGAUCCUGGUUACGUAUUCCAGAUAUCAUGUUACUUGAUUUUGUAAUAUAAUAAAAAUCUGAUUUGUUUUUUUUUAGAAAAGAAUUUCAGUUGCAAUUUAUUUCGGUAGUGUUAUGUGAAAACCAACUUUGCACAUGAAUAUAUGGAUACAGUAUAGUUUACAGAGACAAAUGACGUUCAAGCCAAACAGGCCAUCAAGCCUGUCAGCUAUGGAAUGCAGAGGGUAGCACCAAGCACUUCUGUCCAUUGUUGUGCAACAACGGAAACGGUGAACAAAAAAUCUCUGCAGCAGGUGGAAGAAGAUGCCGUUCUUGGGCCAAGACUGGAGAUCACCAGGCUGGAGCUGGAUCAAAACUGAGGAUGGCUGGAAACGCUUUGAAUAUUUCAACCACAAACUGGGAGACAACAUAAAUGAACUUUCCUUGGAAGAAUUGGACAAUGACAAGGAGAAUGUCUACGUGGGAGAUGUCUGUGAAGUAGCUGCCAAGAAGAGAAAAAAAGACUUCUUCAACAACAACACUAAGUCACAGUUUUUGUUCCAGGAGAGGUGGAUCUACGUUCAGAAGGAGAGUACGCGAGAGAGGCAUGGGUACUGUACGCUUGGUGAGGCCUUCAAUCGUCUAGACUUUUCCAGCGCCAUUCAGGAUGUGAGGCGCUUCAACUAUGUGGUCAAUCUUCUGCAGUUGAUUGCCAAAUCCCAGCUGACGUCUUUGAGUGGAGCUGCUCAGAAAAACUAUUUCAAUGUCCUGGAGAAGAUUGUGAGAAAAGUUCUGGAUGACCAUCAGAACCCACGUCUGAUCAAGGCGUUGUUGAAUGAUCUAAGCUCCACACUCUGCAUCCUCAUCCGAGAAGUUGGGAAGUCUGUGCUGAUUGGCAACAUCAACAUUUGGGUCUGCCGUUUAGAAACCAUCUUAAACUGGCAGCAGCAGCUCAACAAUUUACAAAUUCCAAAGCAAGUUUCAAAUGGCAUGACACUGAGUGACCUCCCUUUGCACAUGCAAAACAACAUCCUGUAUAAGUUUAGUGAUGCCUGUGACAUCAUCAAUCUGGGACAAGCCACACCAACACUGCACAUGCUCAGUGAGGACCGGCAACUGUGGAAGAAACUGUGCCAGUUUCAUUUUGCUGAGAAACAGUUCUGCAGGCACUUGAUUCUGUCAGAGAAGGGCCAUGUGGACUGGAAGCUGAUGUUUUUCACACUUCAGAAAUACUACCCUCAGAAAGAACAGUACGGAGACACUCUGCAGUUCUGCAAGCACUGUAGCAUCCUCUUCUGGAAUGACAGACACCUGGCUUUGAUCUUUAAGGACUCAGGACAUCCUUGCACAGCGAACGAUCCAGACAGCUGCCUCACCCCCGUCUCUCCUCAGCACUUCAUAGACCUCUUCAAGUUCUGAAAUUCAGAAUGUUCUUGGACCUCUGACCUUUUGAUAACCUCUAACCAAGACUCUGAAACUGAUCAAAUAUGUUCGACUUUUCAACUCUGUGCUCCAAACCAUGUCCUUUCCUUUUACGUUUCCCAGACAGUCGUUCUGUUAUUAAAACGUUCAAACUUCCGAAAAUGUAACUAAUAAUUGAAUUUUCUGUUGCCUCACCCAAACUUUUAAGGGCUUAUGGAAAGAUGUCAUAAUAUUAGUGUUUCUUUUGUAUUGUCCUCUUUUUUUUGUUUUUGUUCCUCAUUGCGUUCUCAGAGAAUUCAUUUGUUCUUUAAGCACAGAAAGAUGGGAGAUAAACAGCAAAAAGAGGCAGGAUAUGUGAAGGAUUGUUUGUUAAAAAAGGAAAACAAAGAAAACAAACUUGCUUUUGGGAAAGACAAGCUGAAGCGAAAAGUGUGGGAGAUCCUAAGCAGAGGUUAUCUUGUCUUUUCAUGUAUGUAUUUUCAUUUCUAUACCAAUGAAAUGCACGUCAGAAGUAGUCGUAGGUUAAUGUUUACGUGGGUUCUCGUGUCGUUUUGUCAUGCUGUGUGUAUAUAUUUGAUGCGUCAACACUAAAGUGUACAUUUGCUGCACAAAACAACUUUUUACGAUACACUUUUGUCAAAUCUGUUGCGAGGGCAGAUGGAAAAUCUAAUGUAAGCUUUGCUAUUUAUGAACAAAUGUAUUUUAUAUCCUUUCUCUGAACUUUGUAAUAUUCCUUUGCUAUUCCAGUAAUAUAAAUGUCAUUGAAAUGGGUUAAGUGUAGGAUGUGCUUGGUACGAUCAAGCAUUUGCAAGAAACAUCGUUGCCUAAAAUAAUUAAAACUUUUGGGAAAUA